GGAUACACAAUGUAUAUCACUAACAAUUAAAUAGCAUUACUUUCUUCCCAUAUUUCAUAUUUUUUGUUUCUUUUUUUUCUUUGUUUAGGUCCUAAUUCUUUAUUUUAUGUGGGUAAGGUGUGGAUGGGGGAGCACCGUUGGUGCUCGGUGGCAAGAUUUGAACGGGUGCUGGACCAAUUGUUUUGUUGCAAUGCUCGGUAGCGGAAGCCCAUUCAAGCCCUGAUGUUUCCUUGGAUGGAUACAUAUAUAACUCUUCUGUUGUACAGGACAGAGCGGGUUGUUUGGUUGCGGGAUGUCCUCAGAUCUUUAGGCCUAGCUGUAGCGAGAACUAUAAGAUCUGAUUUUAAUGAGAUUGAUGACAAUGCAGGAUGAUGCAUCAACUGGUUUAGACUCUCAUCAGAAAAUGUUGUUGGUGCAUUUGCAUUCAUGUAAUUUCGGGUUGAAACGGUUAUGGCGAGGUAGCAAAGAUUCGAGGUUUCGUGAUACGUGCGAUACUGUCGCGCGUGUAACGGUGGCGGAGUUGUCUCCCUUAUAAAUAUGUCUGCUUCCAUGGCAUGAACCGGCAUGCUUGUUGUCACUACAUUUAAAAACAAUUUGUAAAAUAAUAACAAUUGUCAUUGUGUGUGAAAAGGUGAAAAGGUUUACGUAUUUCCAUAAGGGGCAAAGCACUAAGUAAGUUACUCGGUAGUCAAUAGAUCUAGCCUACUUCAAAAUUUCGACGGAUGACACUAUGGCUAUUUGCUCAGUCUCAGCCAAGCCUAGUACAUCGAAGAUAGUAAUUUAUAUGAGCAGAUGCAGUGUAUGAAGUUAAUAGACAGAUGAUUCCACAGUGUCUGUAGCAAACAAUGCCACUAGCAGAUAUCAUUGUCUCGCUGAAGGACAACCCAUACUUUGGAGCUGGGUUUGGUCUCUUCGGCCUUGGUGCAGCAGCAGCAGUGGCCAGGAAGUCUCUCCAAGGCGGAAUGAUUAUGUUUCGAAGACACUGUAUGAUAACACUUGAGGUGUCAAGUAGAGACAAAAGCUACUUUUGGCUACUGCAGUGGAUCUCCACCCACGGUACACGUACACAACACCUCAGUGUUCAAACGACCUUCAACCAGACAGAAACUGGCAAGGUGAGCACCCAGUUUGACUUUGUACCAAGUCCAGGCAGCCAUUUUUUCCGUUACGGCAACAACUGGAUCAGAGUUGAAAGAAAUCGAGAAAAGCAGAUGUUAGAUCUGCAAACUGGUGUUCCCUUUGAGACUGUCACGUUGACGUCUGUGGGCAGGAACAGAGAAAUGUUCUUUGAUAUCUUGGACCAGGCCAGGAAGCUAGCACUGCAGAAACAGGAGGGGAAGACCGUGAUGUAUACUGCCAUGGGGGCAGAGUGGAGACAAUUCGGCUACCCACGGAGGAAGAGGCCCAUGUCUUCUGUUGUGCUGGAUAGAGGGAUAUCUGAGAAGAUAUUGGAUGACAUUAGAGAGUUUACUGAAAAACCUGAGUGGUAUAUCGAGAGAGGUAUUCCAUAUCGGCGCGGGUAUCUGUUGCAUGGUCCCCCAGGUUGUGGGAAGAGCAGCUACAUUGUGGCUUUAGCAGGUGCACUGGACUAUAGUAUAUGUGUGCUGAAUCUGUCGGAGCGGGGGCUGUCAGACGACCGCCUUAAUCACCUGCUCACAGUCGCCCCGGAGCAGAGUAUCAUCCUCCUGGAAGAUGUAGAUGCUGCCUUCCUCAGCCGUGACCUGGCCAAGGAAAAUCCCGCUGCCUUCCAGGGUAUGGGGCGUCUCACCUUCAGCGGUCUCCUCAACGCUCUUGACGGUGUGGCAUCGGCAGAGGCUCGCAUCAUCUUCAUGACAACCAACUACAUUGACCGACUUGACCCAGCUCUCAUCCGCCCGGGUCGUGUGGACCUGAAGGAGAGGAUUGACUAUGCCAGUGAGCACCAGCUUCAGAAGAUGUUCAGCAGGUUCUACCCGUACCAGCCAGAGUCGGCAGCCCAGGAGUUCGCCCAGCGGGUGUUGGCGGACGGUCGACCAGUCAGUGUGGCCCAAAUACAGGGCUACUUCAUGAUGCACAAGGCAGAACCGGAGCGGAUUCUAGGCCAGACGGAGGAAAUAUGGACUAUAUGAUUAGCAUGUAUAUUACAAUGGGAAAUGAUAUAAAAUCUUACUCAACCACACAAGUAGUAUCUGGCGUACUAUAUUGGGAGGCAAGAAUCAGGAUUUGUGUGCACAAAGAAAUCAACAAUGAGUACAUGGGCAUUUGUUGAAAACAAAUCAUUAAUCAGUCCAGUAAGGUCUUUAUGGUGAUGAUGGUGUGCGAUUGUGAUGAUGAUGAUGAUGAUGAUGAUGAUGAUGAAGAAUUCAACAGACCCUGCAAAACAUGAGUGACCCAGACCUAGUGGCAAGGAGAUGGAUGUGUGUUAGUCUGUGUGCAAGUGUACACACAAGACGUGUGUUUGAAAAUAUACAUCCUGGAAAAUGUUAAACAUAACAUAUAUUCCAAAUUUCCAAGUAUCUUUUGGAAAUAUCUACACAUGACAUGGACUGCAUUUUAAUGAAUGGCAUGUCAUGACUAUAGUAAUAUAAAAAGAAUCGGAUGUGUCAGUAACUCAUUUUGAGUUAUUUAUCAUAGGGUGCAAAGAUGCAGAGGAAACAGUUGUAAGGGAGGUCUAAUAACGGAACACUUUCAAAACGUUAUUACAUACCGUACUCGACAUAAUAAAUGCCCUGCUAUAAUAAGCGCCCACGGCGGCGAUUUUUGCCAAUAAAUUGGCUAGUAAACAAUCCCAAUUAGCACCCCUUCCGAUUGAUCAAUGUACACAAGACUUAUUUAUUCGUGUAUAAUACGCACUUGUGUGUUAUAUGCACACUUAAUUAAGGGAAAAUUAAUUCUGGAAAAAUAUAUCUAUCAUAUAUAUAUAAACAUUUCAGGCUGUCAGCAUAAACCACAAAAUUUACGAUCUUUCAACUAUUACGAACAUGGUAAUCAGUUACUGUUUAUGUCUGUCAAUAUGAGUACCGGUAUGUCACUUUGUAAACACAAUCAAAGGUGUUUCAUCAGAAAAUAAACACAUGAUACAAGAUUUUUUACUGUUCACAGGAAUAAUCACAUAUAUCAUUCUAUUUAAAUACACUUGACGUGAGAAUCAGUUUUGUAUGGAAAGAUGACAAUAUCCACAUCAAAAGUGGAUUAGUUAGAGAGAUAGUGGUGCUUAAUUGUUUUCCUGGUGUCUAUGUGAUUGUACAACACGACUGUUAUUGAAGUAAACUCGAAUGAAAACAG